CUUGACAAUCUUCUUCCCCAAAACGUAUUAAUUGGGAGAAAAUAAAGUCAUUUUUUAUUGUAUUCCAAUAUGCCUGUCAAAUUAUAAAUAGAGCUCCCUUCCCCAUUAAUUUUCAAUCCGAAGCAGUAACUAGCAAAGCACAAUAAUGGCUCGAAAGUUGCAGACCCCAUUAGCCUUGUUCAGCCUUUUAAUGGUUGCCCUCUUCACAGGCUCAAAGGCAGGCAUGAUCUCUGUGUACUGGGGCCAGAAUGGAAAUGAGGGCAGCUUGGCUGAUGCUUGCGCCACUGGGAAUUAUGGUAUAGUGAACAUAGGUUUCCUGGUAACAUUUGGCAACGGCCAGAUCCCACAGAUGAACCUUGCCAGCCAUUGUGACCCAAGCACAAAUGGGUGUACUGGCUUGAGCAACGACAUCAGAGCUUGCCAAAACCAGGGCCUCAAGGUGAUGCUUUCUAUUGGAGGCGGUGGUAGCAACUACACCCUUUCCUCAACCCGUGAUGCCAGGAGUGUUGCAAACUACUUGUGGAACAACUUUCUUGGGGGUCAAUCCAGCUCCCGUCCAUUGGGUGAUGCACUUCUAGAUGGCAUUGACUACAAUAUCGUGCGAGGCACAACCCAACACUGGGACGAGCUCACAAGGGCGCUGUCUGCAUUUAGCCAACAGAAAAAGGUCUACUUAACAGCAGCACCACAGUGUCCAUUCCCAGAUGCUUGGCUAAAAGGAGCACUAGACACUGGCCUGUUUGACUAUGUCUGGAUCCAAUUCUAUAACAACAAAGCCUGUCACUACUCUGGCAAUGCAGAAAUCCUGAAGACCCAUUGGAAUCAGUGGAACACUAUUCAAGCUGGGCAGAUAUUUCUGGGGUUGCUAGCUGGUCCAGCAGGUGGGGGUGGCUACAUUCCUCCCGAUGUGCUUAAUAGUGAUGUUUUGCCUUCUAUCAAGAGUUCUUCAAAAUAUGGAGGGGUUAUGCUUUGGUCUAGGUAUUAUGAUGAGGGCUAUAGCUCAGCUAUUAAAAACAGUGUUACUAGAAAUUUGAGGCCACAAUAUAUUAGUUUUAGUAAUUUGGUUUGUAAAGUAUAAACCGUGAUUAGUUGGAAGACAUAUAUUGUAUUUUUCCUCGUUAAUAGAAGGGCGUUGACAAAAUUCACUU